UCGUGUGGAUGCCGCAGCUUAGUUAGUUUGACGAUACGCUUACACGGACACGGUGCACCAUGUCCGAGAUCAAGGUUGAUCCCGAGCUGGAGGAAGAGCAGAAGCCCUGCAACAUAUUACCUGGCCCAGAGCUACUGGCCCUGCCGGGAUUCGAUCAGAGGACCAGCAUCGCCUCGGCGGCUUUGAGUGAUGUGCCCAGCGACGUGAUCAUCAAGUCUCGCAUUCGAUAUGGAAGUCCUUUGUCCGCCUGUAAGGGUCUGUUGCUGGAGUACUCAAAGAACACGACCAUACACGGCAUACGAUAUCUGUUUGAGGUUCAUCGUCCCAUCUAUGAGAAAGUAUAUUGGCUGUUCUUCACAUGCAUUUCCGUGUAUUUUGCCAUUUCCCUCAUUUGGGACACGUAUCUUAAGUGGCAGGAGUCACCUGUAAUACUUGGCUUCGACGAGACUCUAGUGCCAGUGCACAAGAUACCAUUUCCUACUAUUACCAUUUGUCCCGAAAUCAAAAUGGAACGCAAUCUCUUUGAUUAUACGAAUGUAUCGCGUUUGCUCUGGGAGGAAUACCAAAAGAAUGGUAAUGCAACCAGCAUGGAUGAUGAAGAAUUAUCGCGCAUGGCUGCUGCCAUGCACAUCUGUGAUCCGGAUGUCGUGCAUCGUUUUAUGCCCAUACUCUCGCAAAUGAAUCCACCUUUUGUGGACAUUACCGAAACCUUAAUCGAGUUGAGUAUAUCGAAGAAUGAGACGGGUCCCUUUUGCAAAUGGAAUGGCCGCUUUUAUUUUUGCGACAAGAUAUUCGAUUUUGUGGCCACCGAUGAGGGUAUUUGCUAUCAAUUCAAUGGCUUACGACCCAAGGACAUUUAUCGUGACGAAAACUACAUCAGCUACAAGGAUCCCGAUAUUGUGGAUUUCAAUAAUUUCUUUGACACAGAAUUGCCGCGUUGGAACAACAUCAGUGGCAAUUGGUCGCUGGAUACGGGUUUCGUGGAUCAAGGACAAAAUGCUUAUCCACAGCGUACGGUCUUAUCGUCCGUGGGCAAUGGAUUCUUUGCCUUUCUGCAGGGACUGCAGCACAAUUUUGACUACGAUUGCCGCAGUUUCAAACAGGGCUAUAAGGUCUUUCUCAACUCCCCGGAGAGUGUUCCGCUCACGUCAGGCAAUUAUAUUCUUGUUCCCCAUGGCGAUGAGGUGUUGGUCAGUGUUUUGCCUAACUAUGUCAUGUCUACCGACAAUUUACACGAAAUCAGCCCCGAAAAGCGGCAGUGUUUGUUCGAUGAUGAGCGUUCCUUGGCCUUUUUCCGUUCAUAUUCGCAAAGCAAUUGCCAAACCGAAUGCCUGGCUAACUUUACAGUUUCCAAGUGUGGCUGUGCCAAAUUCUGGAUGCCCAAACCUUUGGGCACUCCCGUGUGUGGUUUGGAUGACAUUAAUUGCUAUACGGCUGCCCAGGACGAGCUUUAUACAUUUUUACAAAAUCAAACCAUGGAAAAGAGUGUCAAUGAUAAUGUGGAAAUUAUGUGCAACUGCAUGCCGGCCUGCACAUCGUUGGAAUAUAAUUUUGAGAUAUCCCGAGCACGAUAUGAUGUUGCCAAAACCAUUAGAGCUUUUCGGGAGGUGUAUGAGCACACUGAUGCUAUUGGUUCACGUCUCUCUGUGUACUUUAAGGAGCAUCAAUUUACUGCCAUCAAGCGCACCAUUCUGUUUGGUGUUUCCACAUUAAUAUCCAACUGCGGUGGCAUCUGUGGCCUCUUCAUGGGUAUCUCGUGUCUCAGCUUCCUAGAGCUGCUCUAUUUCUUUUGCAUGCGCAUCUGUGGUAGUUAUCGCGAUCGUCGUAAGCACAAGAUACAAUCCGUGUGCCCAGAGGAUGAGCCUGAGGAUAAACUGGACUAAAAUAUACAUUUAUGCCACUUAAAUAUUUAAAUGGUAUCCACAAUUUAUUUCACAAUCCAUUCAAUAAAGAAGUUGUCUGGGUUAACAUAAUAUUUCACACUCUCAAUGGCACUUUAAGGGUGUGUCCACCAAAAAAAAUGUAGUUAUUUAGCACUCACAUAGAGAGAGAGAUACAGCUGGCUGCACUUUAAUUGAUUACAAAUUAAAAAUACAUUUGAUUAGCACAUAGCCACAACAAUUGAUUCACUCUAAUUAAGCGAUUGUAACACUUGAGCAAAACACUGGGAAAUAAAUUAAAUUGCG